GUCAGGCCGGGGCGGGAUGGCAGACAUGGAGGACAGUGACUGUGGUCGGUGCUCCUGCGGCUCCUGGCAUUUCACUCGACUCACAAAUAACAUUGAAACAGAACCGCUCCAGGCAGAAAACGCUAGCCGGUCAGAAAUUGUCAACCCGGCAGAAGAAGCAGAGAAUCCACAACAAUUUAACCUUCGAGUGAAUGGAGUUUUCUAUAACGUCAAAGAUGAGGACCCGCAGAUGCCUCUCAGUGAAUACCUGCGCUCCGUCCUCCAGCUUCGUGGAACCAAGACCAUGUGCCAUGAAGGUGGCUGUGGGAGCUGUAUUGUGGUGGUUGAAUGCGACAACCCAAUAAUGCCUGGAAGAGUUGUCAAGGCAAUCAAUUCGUGUUUAUGUCCAAUUGGCUCCCUAUUGUCAAUGAAGAACCAUCAGGUGAUAACAGUGGAGGCAUUGGGGUCAGUAAAGAAGGGUUUACACCCCAUUCAACAGCGCCUGGCAGAUUACAAUGGAAGCCAGUGUGGGUACUGCAGUCCAGGCUUUGUCAUGCAGAUGUAUGGGUUUCUGAAGAACAAUCCAUCUCCCAGCUCUCAACAAGUGGAGGACAACUUUGAUGGCAAUGUCUGCAGAUGCACAGGAUAUCGAUCUAUCCUCGAUGCCAUGAAGUCUUUUGCCAGGGAUACUGACGUGGAGAAGCAGGAAUCUGUAAUUGACAUUGAGGAUUUGCAAACUUGUCCCAGGACGAAACAGGCUUUCAAUCAGACCUAUUUGCCAAAAGAAUUAAGUUGCGUUUGUCACGUGAAGAACACCAAAAAGGCGCUUUUCUCAAAGAAUGACACUGAAUGGUUCCAACCUACGACACUGACUGAGCUGUAUUUGUUAGUGCACGAGCAUGUCACUAAGGCUGUCAAACUUGUACACGGAGACACUGCAAAAGGAGUCUACAAGCAAGAUGGACCUUAUAAUAUCCUGAUCGAUGUGAAAGGAAUCUCAGAACUUUACACAGUCACUAUGGAAGAACAUGGCUUAAAAGUCUACUCAAAUGUCAGCCUCAGUACACUCAUUGGUUCUCUGAAAAAGUUUUCCAAUGAGUCACCAUGCUACAGUACUAUAGCUAAUCUCUUGCUCAAGGUUGCUAACGAACCUGUGAGAAAUGCUGCUGGCUGGGCUGGAAAUCUGAUGAUGAAGUGGAAGCACCGUGAGUUUCCAUCUGAUGUGUUUGUGGCCCUUGAAGCCGCUGGCACUCGAGUGAUUGUGGCGCAUAUUAGUGAAAUUAAGCAGUACACGCUACUGGAGUUUCUUCAUGUCGACAUGAAAGGAAAGGUGCUGUUGUAUCUGGAGAUCCCGAAGCAUCCAGAGAGUGAAAUAAUGCGGAUCUACAAGGUUAUGCCUCGAGUGCAGAAUGCCCACACUUAUGUGACUGGAGGAUUCCGUGCAAGGCUAACGGUUUGGGAUGAAAACCGAACAGUGGAAUCCAUCUCUCUGGUGUACAAUGGAAUAAACAAGGACUUCAUUCACGCUUUUGCCACAGAGCAGUACCUUCAAUACAAAGAUAUCACCUCUAAUGACACUUUACAAGGUGCCUUGGCUGUACUUGCGGAGGAAAUUGUGCCAGAUGGGGAUGAUGCACUUCUCGCCAGUGUUGAAUACAGAAAGAAUCUUGCCCUUAACCUUUUUUAUAAGUUCAUCCUGCUGUUGAAUGAAAAUGUUGUUUCACCUCAAAACCGGAGUGCUCCAGCCACAUUGACUCGUCCUGUAUCUACAGGGAAGCAAGUGUUCAAAAGCAAACCAGAAGAAUACCCGUUGACAAAACCUAUGCCAAAGCUCAGCGCUUACUUCCAGACUUCAGGUGAAGCCUGUUUCAUAGAUGACACUCUACCCCUUCCAAAUGAGCUGUUUGGAGCACUUGUCCUCAGCACAAAAGGAAACGCAACCCUUGCUGGCAUUAACAGCACAGAAGCCUUGAGUAUACCUGGUGCUGCUGCAGUUCUAACAGCAAAAGACAUUCCAGGAUCUAACACCUUUAUGCCUGCACCCAAUGAUGAAGAAGAGAUUUUCAGCAGUGGUCCCCUCCUUUACGCUGGGCAGUCAGUUGCCUUGUGUGUUGCAGAUUCAAAUGAACUUGCCCUCAAGAUGGUGCAAGCAGUGAAGGUCACUUACAAAGAUGAAAUGCCACCAAUAGUGAGCCUUGAUGAUGCCAUUGAAAAGAAGUCCUUCUUCCCAUCUUCCGGGGAAGUGUUGCAUGUUGGAGAUGCUGAAACUGCUGUUUCAUCCUCUCCUCACAAGAUUGAAGGAGAAAUCCGGGCCGGUGAGCAGUACCAUCUUCAUAUGGAGACUCAGAUUUGUCGGUGUGUGCCCACUGAGGAUGGUCUGGAAGUCCAGCCAGCAAGUCAGUGGUUGGACUUCACCCAGAAUGCCAUUGCAGGAGCUGUUGGAUUACAAGCCAAAGACAUUAACAUGUCUGUCAAACGUUUGGGUGGAGCUUAUGGAGGCAAAGCCUCGCGAUCUAACUUAAUAGCCUGUGCAUCGGCCGUGGCUGCUACAGUGCUUCGCAGACCUGUGCGGUGCAUGAUGGAUCUGAGUACCAAUAUGAAAGCAAUUGGCAAGCGACACAGCUACAUUACCAAGUAUAAGGUUGGGUUUAAUGAGGAUGGUACCUUAAAUGGAAUUAUCAUGACGUACUACUGUGACAGUGGAUGUAGCGCAAAUGAUAAAGAGGUUACAGAAUGCAUCAUGUUUUCUGACAAUGCAUACAAGUGUGAAAACUGGCAGUUGAAUGCUGUGUCUCUUAAGACAAAUCGUGCCGCUCACACUUGGUGUAGAGCUCCAGGCUCAAAACCAAACAUUUUUUUUAUGGAGACAAUUCUUGAACACGUGGCCAAGGCUCUGUCAAUGGACCCACUUAUAGUGAAGCAGAGGAAUUUGUAUGCACAAGGAGACAUCACUCCUUUGGGUUUCGCUCUGCCCUACUGCAGUAUUCAGGAGCUCUAUUCAUCUCAGUUGACAAAGGUGGACGUGGAGGGACGUAUGCAAGCAAUUAACCAGUUUAAUGCUGAAAAUCGUUGGAAGAAGAAAGGAUUAGGAAUUGUGCCUCUGAAAUAUGGCUUAAACUGGAGCUCUGGAUACUACCUCUGCACAGUUUCAAUAUUCGCCUCCGAUGCAACGCUUAUCAUAACGCAUGGUGGAAUUGAAUCUGGUCAAGGCCUCAAUACCAAGGUUGCUCAAGUGUGUGCCUAUUCACUGGGAAUUCCCAUUGAGUACAUCUCCAUCAAGAAAACCACCACUGUGAGCAGCCCCAAUUCCGCUCCAACUGGCGGCAGCAUCACCAGUGAACUGAAUUGCAUGGGAGUGCUGCACUGCUGUGAGAAGCUCAAGGAACGCAUGAAGCCAGUGAAGGAUAAGCUUCCACCAGAUACAUCUUGGAAAGAUCUUGUUGCAGCCUGUUUUAAUGCUAAAGUGAAUUUAACUGCACAAGACUGGGUGUGGCCUGACGAACAACCUGACAAUGGCCCUCAGUAUAACUCAUAUGGCGUGACUGUGGCAGAGGCUGAACUCGAUGUCCUCACUGGAGAGAACCAAAUUGUCCAAGUGGAUAUCCUCUUUGACUGUGGAGAAAGUAUGAACCCUGACAUUGAUAUUGGACAAGUAGAAGGAGCCUUCAUCAUGGGCAUGGGCUACUGGCUGACUGAGAAGAUGGUCUACGACCCCAAGACUGGGUCUGUGCUGAAUCCGGGGACAUGGGAAUAUAAACCACCCUUCAGCAAGGAUAUACCUAUCAGAUUUAACAUAGAGUUUCUUACCGAUGCUCCCAACCCACUGGGUGUCCUCCGCUCCAAGGCUUCUGGUGAGCCUCCCCAGUGCAUGUCCUGUUCAACCUUAUUCGCUGUGAAACGUGCCAUUGAGGCAGCCCGUGAGGACGUCGGGGACAAGUCCUACUUUCCACUACAUGGACCUGCAACAGUUGAUAUCGUCCAGACAAACUGCCUUGUAGACUACAAGCAGUUUUCAAUCUGAAAUCAAGCCACUAAUUUGUGCCAAUGUACUGAACAUACACAAGAGCUAGCUCUUUAAUAUACAGUCGUACUGCGAUCUGCACUAAUGUAUCCACGGCAAGCAUUCAAUACAAUGCUUAUGAAUGUAAAAAGAAAAAAUAUGCAAUUGCAUGAGACUGUUGGCUUAUUCAAGAUAUUGUUUCAAUAUUCACACUGUGGUUGAGUGUAUAGUUAGGUACAUUGUAUUUGGUUCUGAUUCAACAUAAAAUGUAACUCGCUAGUUUAAAGGAAAUAACUCCAGUUAGUGUUUUUCAACCAUUGGGAUCACAUAGUUGGGGCUGGGGGUGGGAGUUGAGUGGAGGGUGCAGGUGCCAGCUAGUUCUUUUAAUGUUUGAAUGUAUUGAUUCUUUUGUAAUCCUGUUAAUUACUUCAGCAAUGGAACAUUUUGAUUUUUAAAAAAAUAACUGAUAUAACUCUUAAUGAUUUUCUCUGAUCAAAUUAAAUGUUCAGUUCACUCCUGCAA